GGCGGGGGCCAGGAUACAGCCGAGUGACUCUAGGUGGACAUGCACCGCCAACACGCGUGCUUCAGUUGUUGUUACUCCGUUAUGAUCUCUGCAUUCCUGAACCUCUCCUAACUAAACUACGCCGAUGAACUGCACCAGGGUUUACCACAUUCUGGACAACAGAUCGCACCCACCUGUGUCUAUUAUGCCAGUUGAUUUAGCCUUGAGACUCUGCCUGGCGCACUCGCCGCCCAUGAGGAAUUUCCUCGGGCCGUACGAAGGCUGCAGGGGACUGAACGGCGGUGGUGGCGGCGGCAGCAGUAGACUCAAGCCGCUGCGGCCGUGCAUCAGCGCCAGGGUAGCGGCCGCCGAGUCGUGCAACGACGCCUGGGCUCACCACGCCCGGGGCAAGAGGAAGAAAACCGUGGUGUUUGCAGACGACAAAGGUUUCGCCCUCACAGCCGUUCACCUCUUCUCCGAGUUUGACGACUCGCUCGCCGAGCUGCAGUUCGAACUGACCGACCUCGACCACACGAUCGGCGGGCUGGAGGCGGACGGCAACAAGCCGCUGGCGCUGGAUUUCCCGCAGCCGUCCACCGACUACCUGGAGUUCCGCAGCCGCCUGAUGAAGAACAUGGUCUGCCUGGAAAACUGCACUCUGCAGGAGAAGUUCAUCGCGGGCACCGUGGUCGUGAGGAAUCUGAGUUACCACAAAGCCGUCCAGAUCCGAAUUUCCUUCGACGCUUGGAAGAGUUAUAAGGAUGUGGACUGUACAUUUGUAAACAAUAUUUAUGGCUGCUCCGACACCGACACCUUCUCGUUCGCCAUCGACCUACCCACCUACGUGACGCCGCAGGAGAAGAUCGAGUUCUGUGUCUCCUUCAAGAGCGGGGAGCAGACGUACUGGGACAACAACGACGGCAAGAACUACGGCAUCGUUCACGUCGAGUGGAAAUCUGACGGAAUCCAAGCCCCCGUCAUCAAGAACGAAAUGGUGGCGAAACUAUCUGGGAAGACGGCGUUGAUUGAAUGCGGCCACUAUGGCAGCCCCCGGGCAUCGAGUGGCUUGGUCCCAGAGUGGCACAGCUGGGGCAAGAUUGAGACAGGCCUUCCAUACUGGUGACCAGAGUUAGGUUUUCUGUAGUGUUUGCUGGAGAGAUGCAUCAAUUUCCAUAUUAAACUUAUGAAAACAUGGAUCUGUAAAUCGCUCUCCCCCACCGAUUUCACUUCCAACUAUUAAUGUUUUCCUUUGCUUCCACCUACUGCACGAACAUUCUCAACAA